AUUUUUAACAGUAGCGUUAGAGGUUUGGAAGCAAUCCGAUGGUCGACGAAGCUUCGACAGUCCACAAAGAUCAAGGAUCUCGUUAGACAUUCACUUCGACAACCACAAGAUUAGCAGGCAAGAUGGCGAAGAAGGAAGACCCUCCCAAGAAGGACUCUGAAAAGAAAGAGGAGAAGGACAAAGGCAAAAAAGAAGAGGAAAAUGCUGCUCCUCCUUUGCCUCCCCUAGAAGCGGCGGGGCGCCGAUUGGAGCGUCUCUUGGGCGGUGGUCUCUCGGACAAGGACCGAACGCUGCACACCUACUCCAACCCUGGAAAAGUGGUUCGUCGUUGGUUGGGGACAGCAUCGGGUGCUUCAGGUGGAGCUACCUUGGAAGACAUUUCGGCCGCUGCUACCAAACUGUUGGAUCCAGCAGGACGUUGCAGUGCUGGUCGGGUGUUGUUGAAAGCCGAAACGGCGGCUGAGACGGCCAUGGAUGUGGAAGGCGCGGAGACACCCAAGAUGAAAGAAGCUGGAUACUUGUCUUCUUCUGCCGACCGAGAAGUCGAAGGCUGGUUGAUCAGUCUCAUGGUGCGAUUGCUGUGGAAAGACAACAAAUUCAGUGAGGCAUUUGCUCUGGCGCAGAAGGGAAUUGAUAUCUUGAUGGGCUACUUGAACGCCUCGGCUCUCAAAAUUACGUCCAUGUCGGGAGUCUCGGCAGCUUCGCUCUAUCCUCUUUUGGCGCGCAUGUUCCGAUUCCGAUCUCUCGUGGCCGAGUCUCUCAACGACCCGGCUGUGGCGGCCUCUCUGCGUCAGGACAUGGCACGGGGCCAAAACAUGGCCUGUCUUCGUCGUGAUGUUGACUGUCAAGCAACACUCAUCAAUUUGAUGCUCCAAGAUUUGCUCAAUAAUGCACAGGUGGAGCAAGCCCAAAAGUUGCUGGCCAACUCGACAUUUCCCGAUUCGGCAUCCAACAACCAGCUAUGUCGCUAUCUAUACUACAGUGGCCGCAUUCAGUCUCUUCGACUCGAAUACACAUCGGCGUUCUCCAACUUGAGUCAGUGUCUCCGCAAGGCACCCACCAACACGGGGCUCGGAUUCCGAAUUGCCGCUCAGCGUCUCUUGAUCAUUGUGCAGCUGCUCAUGGGGGAAAUCCCUGAUCGACACGUCUUCUUGAGCAAAGGCAUGAAGCGAGAAUUGAGCCCCUACUUGGCAAUCACUCAGGCGGUUCGUCAAGGGGACUUGGGAGUGUUCCAUCAGGUGGUCGCCGAGCAAGUCACGCGGCUACAACAAGAUGGGACACACACUCUCAUUUCACGUUUGGCACAGCAAGUGGUAAAGGCUGGAUUGCGAAAGCUUCAUGUCAGCUACAGUCGUCUCUCGCUUCAAGAUGUAGCGGAUCGAUUGGGAUUGCCCAGUGCCACUUCGGCUGAAUUCGUCGUGGCCAAAGCGGUCCGAGAUGGGGUCCUCGAUGCCACCAUUCAUCACGAAGAAGCCUAUGUGCAGAGCCAUGAUUUGGUGGAUGUAUACGCCACCAAGGAACCAGCAGAAGCAUUCCACCGUCGUAUCGCUUAUUGUCUGACAACCCACAAUGACGCGGUGCGUGCCAUGAGGUACCCACCAGAUGCCUACAAGAAACAGCUGGAGGCGAGUCGUGGGAACCGUCGAAAGCGUAAUGACGACAAGACAGACGAAGAAAAGGCACAGGAGCUGGAAGACGAACUCGAUGAAUUUGAUUAAAGAGGGGUCCUCUGGUGGUAGCGAAAAACGAUCAGUUGGUGUUGCGUUGUUUUUGUGCCAAACUACAGGACGUACGCCACGUAGAAACAUGUGUAACUCUAAAGAAAGGGUCUUUCUGCAACUUCUCCAAAUGCGCCGACUACCGGUAUCUAACUAAUGAUGGG